AUUGCUUACGCUUUAGUUUGUUGCGUAUUUUAUACAGUUUCAUUAUCAAGCAAAAGGAAUUAUAAAGAAUUACACACAAUAAAUUGAUAAAGAAAUUAGAAAUGUCAUUUUAUUAUUUAAUUUAAAGUAAAUUGUUUUACGCCAAAAUUUUAGUGUAUCGAAACAUUCUGAGCGAACUCCAGAUGUAUGAUUUGAGUCAAUAAAAUGAAAACGAACAAUUAAUCGAUUAUAAAUAUAAACAACGUGAGAUUCAGUGAAUUGAAAAAUAAUCGUGAUUUAUCUAUGGUUUCAAUAAAAAAAUGUAAGAAAUUAAAGCGAAGGAAAAUGUUUGAAUGCAUCCCAUUAAACAAUGCAAUUCGAUAGACAAUUCAGUGAUAAAAUUUCGAAAAAAUCACAAAUUAUUGUAACAAAUGCAUAGGCGUGAAAUUAAGUUUAAAAAAUACGAUGAACAUUUUCGGAAAAUAUGCUCGUCACAGAGUCAAUAUAAAAAAUAAAAUAUGCUUUUGGAGAUUUGUUGUGUUUAGUGCAUUUAUUUUGGGUGUAGUUUCGGCCGUACAAUAUCAAGGUACCGGCAAUGUGGUUGAGAAUGUUGAUAAAACUGGAUGUUGUAAUAAUUCGAGUAAAAAAUCUGAAAAUCAUCGCAUUGAAAUCGAAUAUACAACAACUGUUGUCCAAAAUGAAUAUAUCGUACGUUUCAAGGAGUAUUUUUUGCCCGAGAUACGUGCGCAACACAUAAAAAAUGCCCUGAAUGGUUCGACCGCAUUGAAUUGGCAAGUGAUUAAACGCCAAAAUCCGGCCAGUGAAUAUCCAAGCGACUUUGAUGUUGUUAUGAUCGAUGAAAAUGCACCAUUUACGGCUAUUGAAAAACUACGCACCUAUGAAACGAUCAAAAGUAUUACGCCACAACGUAUGGUGCUUAGAAAUCUUAAAUACAUUCCAAUUGCAAAUGGUGAAAAAGGUAAGCACACGAGCAACAAUACAAAUUACGAAUAUGAUUCGAAUCAAUUCAAUGAGACGGACGAUGAUGAUGGCGGCGGCGGCGGCGGUGCCGGUUAUAUCGAAGACGCGGCUGAAGAAGAAGAGAAUGAACGAUUACUAUUCGAGCUAAUGAAUAAAUUAAAUAUAAAUAAUGCGGACACAAGCAGCACAUCAGACACCGAAUGCGAACAAAAUAAUUGUCAAUUCAAGCAGUUUCAUCAACGCAGUCUCAAAAGUACACAAAACAAAGAUCGAAACAAUGACAAUAAUUCAUCGUUCAAAUCAACGUCAAAUCGGCAUACCAAUCGUCGUCUACUUCGUGCCGCUAUUCCACGUCAAUUAACAUCAAUGCUAAAGGCCGAUGGAUUGUGGAGUAUGCAAGUUACUGGCAAAGGUAUUCGGGUUGCUGUUUUUGAUACAGGACUUGCCAGGGAUCAUCCGCAUUUUAAACGUGUUAAAGAGCGUACAAAUUGGACAAAUGAGAAAACCCUUGAUGACGGUGUAAGUCAUGGUACAUUUGUUGCUGGUGUGAUUGCAUCAAGUAAAGAUUGUUUGGGAUUUGCACCAGAUGCUGAACUUCAUAUCUAUCGUGUUUUCACCAACAAUCAAGUGUCGUACACAUCAUGGUUUCUGGAUGCAUUUAACUAUGCAAUUUUACGGAAAAUUCAUGUUUUAAAUUUAAGCAUUGGGGGACCAGACUUUCUGGAUCAUCCAUUCGUGGAUAAGGUACUUGAAUUAACGGCAAACAAAGUGAUUAUGGUAUCGGCAAUUGGUAACGAUGGUCCAUUGUAUGGAACUCUCAAUAAUCCUGGCGAUCAAAGCGAUGUCAUCGGUGUUGGCGGAAUGAAUUUCGAUGAAAAUAUCGCCAAAUUCAGCUCAAGAGGAAUGACAACAUGGGAACUACCGUAUGGAUAUGGCCGCCUAAAGCCGGACAUUGUCACUUACGGUAGCCAAGUGAAGGGAAGCAAUAUAAAAAGUGGUUGUCGAUCGUUGUCUGGUACAUCGGUAGCAUCACCAGUAGUUGCUGGUGCCGUUACACUAUUGGCUAGUGGUGUCAUUGAUAAACUAGAUUUGGUGAAUCCAUCAUCGAUGAAACAGGCAUUAAUUGAGGGUGCGACACGCUUACAUGAUAAUAAUAUGUUUGAACAAGGUUAUGGAAAGCUGAAUAUUUUGAAAAGCAUGAAAAUUUUAUCUGAAUAUACGCCGAAAGUAACGUUAAGUCCGCCAUAUUUGGAUUUCACCGAGGAUUAUAUGUGGCCCUACAGUACACAGUCAUUAUUUUAUACCAGCGUUCCAACCAUUGCAAAUGUAACGAUAUUGAAUGGAAUGGGUGUUACCGGUCGCUUGAUUAAUAAGCCAACAUGGCAUCCAUAUAUUUUGCAAAAUGGAAAUUUAUUAAAUGUAUCGAUCACAUACUCCGAAGUUCUAUGGCCAUGGUCCGGUUGGAUUGGUGUUCGAAUUGCCGUUAAUGAGUUGGGCGAAAAAUUCGAGGGAAUAGCUCAAGGACAUAUUACAUUGACUGUUCAAAGUCCGGGCGCAAAUGAUAAAGAGCUACGAAAUAGUACCGUUAGCUUCUAUAUUCGUGUUAAAGUUAUACCACGUCCGCCACGCCAAAAGCGAAUUCUAUGGGAUCAGUAUCAUAGUCUGCGCUAUCCACCUGGUUACUUGCCGCGAGAUAAUCUUAAAAUGAAAUCCGAUCCACUGGACUGGCGUGCCGAUCACAUUCACACAAAUUUCAGGGAUAUGUAUAUACAUUUACGCAAUGCUGGCUAUUAUGUUGAAGUACUUGGCGAACCAUUCACCUGUUUUAAUGCCACAAACUAUGGCACCUUACUAAUUGUCGACCCAGAAGAAGAAUAUUUCAAUACAGAAAUCCAAAAACUAAGAAACGAUAUAUUAGAAUUUAAUUUGAGUGUGAUCGUCUUUGCCGAUUGGUAUAAUACCAGCGUUAUUCGAAAGAUAAAAUUCUAUGAUGAAAAUACACGACAAUGGUGGAUGCCCGACACGGGCGGUGCUAAUAUACCAGCAUUAAAUGAGCUGCUUGAUCAAUUUGGUAUUGCAUUUGGCGAUGAAGUGUCCGAAGGAUAUUUCAGUAUUGGUGAUCACGGCAUGUAUUAUGCUAGUGGCACGUCGUUAAUUCAAUUUCCACAGAACGCUCAGUCAAUUAUCAUUGAACGAGAUUUACGUGAUCAAGGUUUUGAGAUAUUAACUGGUGAAACACCAAAAACUAAGCAAUCCAAACCGAUAUUGGGCUUGUUACAAACAUCAAAAACAUUUUUAAAUCAAAAACCAGAUAAUAAGAUAGAAACCAUUGAUUUAGAUAAUAGUCAAAGUCUAUUCGAUACGAUGGAGAGAGCAAUAAAUGAUGAUACAACGAAUGCUGCAUUGAAUUUGGCGGCCGAUAAAAAUCCCAUGAUAAAUAAACGAAUUUUAUUGAAAGUAAACUAUGAACCACAAAACAAUCCUGAAUUGGAUGCAAUGUCGUUAGACAUUGAAACUGACACGAAUACUAUUCAGAAUAGUAGAGAUGAUGCAAAGCAUGAAAUUAACGGAAAAUCGGACCAAUCAUUCAAUGUGGCUGGAGUGGAGAAGAGCGAGUCAAUUUAUGAUCGAAUUCCAAACGAAAAUGUGAUUUAUGAUAAAAUGAAAGUGAUGAAACAAUAUUCGGUUACUGGUGCUGGUGCUGCUGGUGCUGCCGUGUCAAAUGAUGAACAUAUUCAAAAAUUGCAUUCGAAUGAAGGGCGCAUUGUGGUGUAUGGAGAUUCAAAUUGCCUUGAUUCGUCACACAUUGAGAAACCGUGCUUUUGGUUGUUGGACGCUCUUCUUGAGUACACGAUGACAUCGCAUGUGUCAACAAUUCUCAAAGAUCUAAAUCAUUCUCCGAAUAUUAAAUUUUCAGCGACCAAUGCAAAACCAAAAAGAUUGCCCAACAACAAUUUGCAUUUAUAUUCAAAAGUUUUGAUGCGAAAUGCUGAAAUCACGAAUACCGUAGAUGGUGACAUCCCAUCAAAAACAAAUAUUCAAAUAAAACGUUCAAUUCCAAAAUGCAAUCGACUGCAGUGGGAAACGCCAAUAUUUUUAAAUAUUAGCGCUCCAGCUGAUUUUCAUUUAAAUGGACGAAGCAAAGAUGAUUUAUAUGAAGUGGGCGAAUCAAAUCUUCGGCGAAAGCUUGAAAGUCAAAAAGGAAAUCUGAGUCCAGACGACAUUGAUCUACCGGCAAAGAGUUGGCGAAAUAAGAAUCCAUCGGUUGAUAUGCCCAUGUUGAGUAAUAAAUUCGACACAAGUGGAGAGAAUGUUAGAAAUGAAAAUGUUGAUUUUGAUAGCGAUCCAUUUCCACAACAAUCACCAAAUUUAAACAAAUCUAUUCAUAUGAAAGAUGAAUCAUUCAGUCUGCCUAUGUAUAUACUAUUGAUUUUAACGUUAAUUGUAAUUAUAUUAUUUUUGAAUUGUUACCGUAAGAGAAGAAUAACGCGACGAAAUUAUUUCCCAUUCAACCGAUUGGGAUUUUAAAAAAAUAUUUCUAUCAAAUAAAAAAUAAAAUAAAAAUACAAAUUAAAUAAGUA